AUGGGACUCCGCGACGUCCAACGCGAACAAACCGACUACUUUGCCUUUCACCGCAUGGGCCGAGCCUCGGCCUGGUCCCGCCAAAAACGCCGCGAGGCCAUCCACAACCUCGAGUUCCCCCGUCGUCGACCUGCGCGCUGGCCAGGGUUUGGGCCCCCGCCUCCUCAUCAUCUUCAUCCGGGGAGACAUACCUUUCGGGAGCCGGAGCCGUAUCGAAAGAGUCAGGAGGAUGAAAAGAAGGAAGGGCCGUCGACGGGGGUGCAGAGACGGGCGCGCAGAUUGGAACGACUACUGGCGCAGGAGGGGAUGAGGUUCGAGAAGGUGUUGGGGUGGGGAGGGUUUGGGAUGGCUUGUUUGUUUAGUAUGUCUUCUGCUGGACCUGGACCUGGAGGGGGCCAGGGGGGAGGGGAAAAGGUGGUGGUGAAGAUUGAGUUGGAGGGAAGGGAUACGAUUGAGAAGGAGAGGAGGAAUUAUGAGUUGAUGCGCGACGCCCAUCACGUCCUCCACAUGUACAACCUCGCCGCCGAAGAAGCCAUCGAAGAGAGCGACCUCGCAGCCGGCGGCCUUUUUCUCGAGUUCAUGGAGCGUGGCACCUUGGAGAAAUGGAUCGUCAAAAUGGCCAAAGAACGAAAAACGUUCAGCGACAGGGCACUAUGGACCAUCUUCGACUGCCUUGUGCGCGGUUUGGUUGCUUUGGCUUACCCCGGAACGAAGUGGAGGGCGGAAGAGUCAGCUAAGGAUUUCAACGAGAGCCCGAGAGAUACAAUGGUUCACUUUGAUAUUGAUCCUACUAAUCUUCUGGUGGGAGGCUUUGGCACAUAUGGACAACGUAACCAUGCAAUUGCGCCGAUACACAAGAUUGGCGACUUGGGCUUAGGAGAAAUCUUCAAUUUCCGCGCACGGCGAGAGACGGAAAGAGUAUGGUAUGCCCGCCAGUCUGGCAAAGCUUAUCUCUACACACCUGAACAGUUUACCGAAGAAUGGGAUUGGCACAUCGCCGCACCAGCCUCCGACGGGGCACCGACGGCGGGCAACUAUCGAGAAAGCAUGAACCUUUGGCAGAUGGGUUGGACCAUGUAUGCCUUGAUCACCUUGUGUUGGCCCAAUGAGAAAAAGGAACCGUUUGUAUACGCCAGCAGGGUGUUCGACCGACCGGUGAAAGAUGCUACCUACGGGGGUGAUCUGUUGUACUCUGGGCGGUACGAUGACACGGACCGAGAUCUGAGAAGAGUGGUUGCGCAGUGCUUGUACCACUCUCCGUUAUCGCGACCCACGCUCAGGGAGCUCGAGGUGCACAUAAAGGACAAGCUGAGGACCAGAUUAAACAACUCGGAGGAGGAAGCGAGAGCAUGGGCCAAGAGAUUCUACGGAGAGCCAGAAAGGCGGCGGCCGGCACCGCCUCCAGCUCCUGCCCGUGAGCGUUGGAAUAUGGGUGCUCAUCCUCCGAACCGGUUCGGCGGGGCAGCGAGGGCUCGGUUCGGAAAGGUGUUUUCGAACGAGAGUAUCUUGGACUUGGAGAGGAUACGAAGACGGAGGGCAGAUGAGGAUCACCGGCCCGUGAUUCGACGACAACCACAGCCUCGCAGAUUCUGGAGGGACUAA